AACUCCGAAAUUCAAAUAAGGAGUUUCGUAUGUAUUUCUUUGCUUACCACAUAAGAUUCUUUAAUUUUCAUUUAUGUGUGAUAAAUGAACAAUUAAAAAAGUAGUUUCCGGAGAAACAUUAGCCAUGUUUGUGUUGUUAGCGGAUGCUAAAAGUUAGCUUAGUGGCGCAUUUUGAGUUUUUAGCCCACAUUCUUGUUGCGGACUGAAUCGAUGUCAGAUCAUUAUCGAUUGCAUGCGCCAUGAACCCACCUAACCCGUUCGGAAGUCCACACGGGGGAGCUUUUCAAGCCCCGAACAACUCCUCUAAGCCUGUUCUGUUUCAGACUUUUGGUCAGCAGCGUUCCAGCUCUCAGGGCCAGCAAAGUGUGGGCUUUUUUCAGCCAUCCGCCUUUGGACAGCCGUCUGUGAUGAAUCAAACUGUAGCUCAGAGCAGUUCCAUUUUCGGACAGCCCUCGAUGAUCCAGGUUCCAGUGUUUGGACAGCCGUCACUGGGAACGACGGGGGCAGGCUUUACGGCGCUAUUUGGACAGACCAGUGGGCAAAACCAGACAUCACUGUUUGGGGUGACCGGCGGGCAGAACCCAACUUCAGCUUUUGGGCAGACAUCUGUAUUUGGACAACCUUCUGCGUUCAGACAGGCUCCAGGGUUUGGGAAACAACCACCUCCCCUUGGAGGCUCACAGAUGGCCACCAGCUCCACCUCUGGGUUUGGACAGCCGUCUUCCAGCAGCGCAUUUAGUGGCACUCAGAACGUGACGACCCAAAACAGAACAACCUCCGAGUUCUGUUUCAAGCCAUCCAACAAGGCUCUAUUCAAACCCAUCUUCAGUGCCAGCCCAGAGCCAGCUCAGCCCCAGAUUACAACAAUGUCAAGCUCGUCUUUUGGAGGCAGUGGGUCCCAGGCCAGCUCCAGCACCACUGGCUUCCCUCUGUUGCCUGGAGCCAAGUCUGGGUCGCUGGGCUUCUUACAGCCGUUUGCAACCACUUCUGUUUCUGCUCAAAAUAAUCACCCAACAACUACCAGCAGCAGUAGUGCAGCAACCAACACUCUUCAGUUCACCAUUUCCCAGCCAGCUGCACCUUCCAGCUCAAACACUUCAGCUACCGUCACCGAGCCCACCACCCCAUCGUCCUUCAGUUUUACAGCUGAAACCCUCCAGACUGAGCCAACACUUCUUUUAGGGGGAACAAGUUUUGGUCAACCUCCAGCUUAUGGUGAGCACAAAGGCAAAGCAGAAACUGGCACAGAUAACAAAGGAAGCAGCCAAGAGGACACAAAUGUAUUUGCACGACUUGGCAAACCUGCCAAGCGCAAGGAAAAUCCAACAACCUCGAGCUCAGGUUUAGAGAUCCCAACAGCAGAGGAAGAGUCUCCAUCUGAAGCAGACUCAUCAAGGCAUCUCUCGAAGAGGCCACUGAUCAGGUCCCGUGGCCUUCCAGGAAACCUCUUCAGCAGGGCACUCAGUGGUAUUUGUAAGGAGCGAGCCAACACAGUAAGACGAGAUACUCAGAAGCCAGAGCCAAACCUGGAGGAGAAGGAGAAAGUUAAUGAGGGUGAGCCGCCUGUCUCACCACCUGCUGCACAGACACUCACCAGGGAAGUUCUGGAACAAUCUGAAGCUUCAGACUCGGGUGUAACUCAGAGUCCAAAAUCCCAAGUGUUGACCCCUGUGGUGACCCCUGUGAGUCGACGUGGACACAGGGACAGCGUGGAUAGCCUGAGCGGCUCGUCUCCGACCGACCUCACCACCAUCAUGUGCAGAAACGUGCCUCCGGCCCUCAACAGAAAGGACGUGCUCAUGAAGCAUUUUUCUCGGUUUGGGAAAGUCUUUAAGGUUUUCUGUCGGACUGCAAAGAAUUUUGCAGUAGUGCAUUUUGGUGAUCACGCUGCAGCUGCAAAAGCAAAGAAGAAAGGAAAAAUGCUGCACAGACACGAGCUGCUGCUGCUGUGGCAGAAAAAGAAGCAAAGUCCAGGAGAAAAGGGCGGCAGACCUGCAGGAGAAAAGAAUGAAACUGAAGGAGAAAGUCCAGAAGUCAGAGAAUCUAAAGUGGAUUUUUCUUCUCCUCUCAAAAGGCCUGCACUCAUGCCUUCCACAUUCAGUCACAGCUCUCCAGUGAAGAAGCCUUCCCCUGUCAAGCUGCUGCAGUUUGACCCUGAUCCUCAGAAAGAGAACAUCACAGAGUCCCAGGGCUCAGAGCGUCCUGUCCCUUCCUCCCUUGUUCACCUCAUUGGUCAGGUAGCCGAGACCGCUGAGGACAAGUACCGCCUGCUAGAACAAACGGACAAGAUCCUGCGUCAAGAUCGGCCCAAGCGGACAGCCUUGGACUUGUCUAAAGUUUUUGUGGGGACAUGCCCUGAUAUGUGUCCAGAGAAGGAAAGAUACAUGAGGGAAACGCGAAACCAGCUCAGCGUGUUCGAGCUUAUCCCAAACACAGAGAUGGUGGAUCAUUCUGCUGCUAUAAAGGAGUACAGCCGCUCCUCUGCCGACCAAGAGGAGCCCCUCCCCCACGAGCUGAGGCCCCUGUCUGUGCUCAGCAUGACCAUGGACUACCUGGUGACUCAGAUCCUGGAUCAGGUUCAAGACAACUACCGGGACUGGUAUGACUUUGUGUGGGACAGAACCAGAGGUAUUCGCAAGGACAUCAUCCAGCAGCAUCUGUGCUGCCCUGACACAGUAUCCCUGAUCGAAAAGUGCACACGCUUCCACAUGCACUGUGCCCACCACCUCUGCGAGCAGCCCAUGUCGUCUUUCGAUGCUAAAAUCAACAACGAGAACAUGACGAAGUGCCUGCAGAGCCUCAAAGAGAUGUACGAGGACCUGGCGACGCAGCAGGUCUUCUGCCCCCAAGAGGCCGAGUUCCGCCAGUACAGCGUGCUGCUGAAGAUCAACGACGGGGACAUCCUGCGAGAGGUGCAGCAGUUUCGUGAGGAGGUGCGCAAGUCGCCCGAGGUGAAGUUCGCGGUUCAAGCCUGCGCUGCCGUCAACAGCAACAACUUUGUUCGUUUUUUUAAGCUGGUGAAAGGAGCUUCUUAUCUGGCCAGCUGUCUCCUGCACCGGUACUUCAAUCAGGUCAGAACAAUGGCGCUGAAGACCCUGAACGUAGCUCACACCGUGGGGCCGCGCUCCACCCCGUUUCCUGUCGAGGACAUCGUUCGAAUUUUAAUGUUCCGAAACGCCGCUGAAGCGACGGACUUCGCCCAGCAGUUUGGGCUCAAUGUCAACGACGGGAUGGUGGAGCUCAGUCGGGUGUCCUUCCAAGAGCCGGACCUCCCCCUGUCCCAGAAGAAGUCUGAGGUCAUCCUUGCAAAGAAAACGGUGUUGAUAGGACAGGUGAUGAACGGGGGCCCCCUUCCCAACCCUCCACAGCACACCCCCGUCUGUAGCUUCGACUCUCAGAAUAAAUUCCGCGGCCUGAAAGGUGACAGCGUGAAGCUCACAGCUCCGCCCAGCGACGAACUGUCGGCUCAGUUUGUGCCAGUUAAAGCUCCAGAUGUUCCAACCGUGCUUGAGCUGCCUCCAGCUGUUACCGAUGAGACGGGAGAACCGUACCUCCCUGCGGUCCAGUUCUUCCUGCCUGAGCCUGUCAAACCCCCGUCACCUCCACCUGAACCUCAGCCGGCCUACAGCGAUGAGGACAUUGCGGCUGAGCUGGACUCCGUGAUCCAAGAGGUGGUUGAAGCAGAAGUGAAAGAAGUGGCCGACGCUGGCGUCAGCUACGUCGCAACAGCUCUCACCGAGAGCGAUGUGCAGGUGGAGUCUCUGGUGAGGGAAGUGUUGGGACAGAUGUUGCAAGAGAUAUCGUCCUCCGAGUUCAAACUGGAGCAGGAGCGAGUCGCAGAAGAGAAACGCAAGCUUGAGGAGGCGAGGCGGAGGCAGGAGCACGAGGCCUUCCUGGCUCAGUUCAGCUGCUCGCUGUGCACUGAGCUCAUCCAUCAAGUGGUGGACACGACCAUACAGGAAACCGCCACCGCAGAGAUCCAGGAGGCGCUGAACGAGAAAGCAAAACGUUUGGCUACAUGCUCCGAGCAGAUCUGCUGCGGUCUGAUUGAUGAGACUUUAAGCACAGAGAUUUCUCUGCUGGUCGAAGAUCUCCUCGAAACAGAGCUGGAGCGUAUCCACAAGUACAUCAAGAGGUGGCGAGACGUGGUGGCAGUUCGCCGCACGCUGAAGCGACAGAUGAGGGGUUUCCCCGCAGCUCCUUGCUGCGUCGACCCUCGUUUCAAACUGAAGGCCUUGGCUCCCAGCGCCCCCGCUCAGCCCUCCAUGGCAGAUCUAACUCGAGGUUUGGUCAACCUUGGAAAUGCUGGCGUUUUAGCUGUGUCCAGCACCAGGUUGCUGAGGAUGAGAGAAGAAGCAAUCCACCAGAUGAGAGUCCACUACUUCUUCCAUCAGCUGCUGGAGGAGACGGCGUGGGCGCCGCUUGAUCUGCCUGCGCUGGUGAUGGAGAGCACCCCAAACCCACCUGAUCGCAUCUUCUGGAAAACCCUUCUCCUCUUACCCAGCGAUGAUGAAAGUGUAGCCAGUGUGGCUGACAGGCUGCUGUCGGACUGGUUGGAGGUGAAGCUUGGUGCUGAGCGAGGCUCAGCGGAGCAGCCCGAUGGCACCAUGAAAACUCUCUGUGUCAUGAACGCCCUGCAGGAGAGCAGACAGGGAGCUUAUAAAGUCCACGUCACGGUCAAGGCGACCCGAGGCCCGCUAACCGAACACGGCCUGUCCAAAGUGGAGGAGUUCUCAGAGCUCCAGGGCGCAGGAGCCCUCAUCCUGCUGCUCCCCGCUCUGCCCGUCUUCGGGUCCGGUCAGGAGGACCAGGACGUCCCUCUGCUGUCAGCUUUGCUUCAGCUCAAACAGCUGCAGCAGGUCAACAGCUGGCACUGUCCACUGCCCCUGGUGGUUCUGGUCCUGGAUCACUGGGACGCUGCGGAUACACAGAAACUGGAAGAAGCCCUGAUGCUGCACACGCUGAUGAAGGAGGAGCUCAUCUCAGAGUACAAGUUCUUCUUCAUACCAGGAACCACGAGCGACCUUCAGGGAUCCAAACAGCUGACCCAGGCGAUCCGUUGGCUGCUGCCCCGUGCGCCGCCGCCCUUCCCUCUCUCGUGUCAAACCCUAGUGCAGCUCGUCGAGGCCUGUUUGAGUCGUGAGUUCAGCCCCAGAGUUUGCGCCAACCGCCAGGACCGGGCGGCUGCACGCCUUCCAUCCCAGGACCUGCGGCCGGUCGUCCAGCUCUACAACGCCGUCCUGGGUCACGUCGCUGAUAAGGUGGCCUCCCAGGAUCUGUGUGGACUCUCGUGGCCCCCCGCUGAGUUCAUUCUGCCUGAAACCAGAGACUUUGUGCCUCAUCGAGGCUGGAACUGUUCGGAGCAUCUGUCCUGGCUGCGUGAAGCCAUCCUCAGCCUGCGGCUGCCGGAGUGGGAGGGGCUUCCUGCAGCAGGCUCGUGGUCAGAUCUGUGCUGCUCCAUCUUUCGUUACGCCGCUAAGAUCCCAGCGUCUCGCCGCAGUCAGCCUCUCCUCAUGUCGCGGCUGGAGAAUCUUCUGGAAAGAGCUCGACUGAAGGCUAACAAAACCCCUGGAUCCAAAGUAACAUUCAGAAACACGGAUAAACGGCAGAGUCCGAACUUCAUGCAGGUUCCGUGGGACGACGUGGUCGUGAUCUUCAUCGACCACAAACUGAAAGACUGGCAGCUGCCGGGUCCGCCCGUCUGUUCAGAUGCUGUCACGGAUGAUGGAGAGAUCCUGGUUUACUUCCCCGCAGGGUCGCUGGACGGUUUCCGACCGCCUGACCCGUGGACUCGGGCCGUCGAGCAAACGCACAGAGAGAAGCAGCAGGAGAUGAACGGGGCAGCUGAAGGUGCCUGUUCUCCAUCUCCCAGCCUCCCUCUCAGGCAGAGGUUGUUCCACAGCGUGGUGAAGCCCGCCGACGUGUCGUCGCCCCCGCAGGACAUCACUCACACCCCCACAGCCGAGGAGCUGCUGGCCCACCGGGUCCUGCAGAACUUAGAGGAGGAGAGGGCUGAAAGCUGGAGGAGCACGGAGCAGCUUCAGCGCUGGCUGGACGAGGACCCGUUGGACAAGUUGUCCACGCCGCUCUUCGUCCCGUCCUCCACCCUGCUGUCCACGCAGACGAUCAUACAGCGGGCGCCCAAAGACAGGCCUCCAGAGGCAGCUUUGACUCAGAGGUGGGAUGAGCGUUGGGACGGAGCAGCCUGGUCGAAGGCCCCUCCUGAACCUCUGCUGUGGAGACUGAAGGAUCUGCAGCGACGGAUUUCUGCGAGUCGAGAAGAAGAGCUGGCCUGCAGCCUGAAGCUACGAGCUCUGCUGAGCAUCGUGGACGACUGACGGGACUGACGAGCAGCGAGGGGCUCCUCGUAUUCCCACCCGCGCUGUUUGUCACACUCACUAUUUAAAAAUGUGA